AUGAGCAAAGAACAACAGCCAUCAAUGCCACAAAACCAAACAUCGUCUCCGAUCAAGUACCUUGACCUCUCCAGCCAGACCAUGCAGUCCUCCACCGCAGCUUACCAAGGUGUCUCCACCACCCAAUCCGAUCUCCCCUCCGGCAGCAGCCACGUCAUCACCGAAACCUUCUCCGGCCAUGCCGUGGAACAGUAUUCCGGGGAGGAACUAAUAAAGAUAACAGAGCCGGUCGGUAAACUGAAUAAUCAAAAUGGUUUAACUAUAGGGGAAGCAUUAGAAGCCGCAGUGAUCACUGAGGGGAGUCAGCCAGUGAUGUUGAGUGAUGCGGCGGCCAUUAAGGCGGCGGAGGAGAUCAUCACCGGCGGCGGUGCUCCGGUGUCAGGCGGUGUUGCCGACCAAGUGUAA